AUGGACGCCAGCCCCAAGGACAACGGCCAGGUGCGCCCUGCCUGUACAGAGUGUCAGCGGCGCAAGCAAAAGUGCAACCGCCAAUGGCCGUGUAAUCACUGCCAGAAACGCAAGGUCGCCGAUCGCUGCCGCUUCUCCCACGCCGCCGCCGGCUCCUCAGAGCGAACGCCCUCUAGCGGAACCCGAAAGCGCAACCGCAACGGCGACGAGCAGGAGCCCGAAUCCAGCUCGGAUGAAGAUGGUGCAGAAGAUUUUGCCGCCAUCGGCUACGGUGGCGCGCACUUCUUCACGAACCUCGAGGUCCAGACCGAAAAAAAGCCGAAGCCUCCUGCAAAACAACACUCUGUCACUGCCUCCAAUUGUCAUCAGCUAGAGCGUGCACUGCAGGUGCUUCCUCCGCGCACCACAACAGAUGCCCUAGUGCAAAAUUUCCUCUCCCGUGUCAACUACCACUACUACAUCAUCUACCCCGCUGCCUUUCUGCAGGAGUAUCGCGAGUGGUGGAUUGGCCGCUUCGCCUCCCAGCCUCUGGGUCUCCAAUGGACUUGUCUGUUGCUCAUGGUAUGCGCGUGCUCGACACAGUACGCAGAUCCCGAUUUAAAGAGGAAGCUUGAGAUGGAGCUUGGUGAGCCCUUGUAUCGUCUCUCCAACAAAUAUCAUAAUGCUGCCCGCGAGCUUCAUUCCGUCAUCCCCAUCAGCAGCAACCAUAUCCUCAACGUUCAACACCUACUGCACUCUAGCUACUGGUACAAGUCAGAGGCUCGCUUCGUCGAGUCCUGGCAUGCGCUCAGCACUGCGAUCCGCGAAGCCCAAGCUCUGGGAAUGCAUCAAGACCAGCUCGCUGGCUCUAUAUCCGAAUUCGACUUUGAAAUGCGCAGGCGUCUGUGGUGUGUCCUCGAUACCUGGGACUGGCAAAUAUCGGCUCUUCUGUCCCGGCCAAAGCUUAUUGACCGCUCCGAGUGUAUGGUUUCCUUGCCCGCGCUCACAUUAGAAAGUUAUUCUCCUUCACCUCUACUCUUUAUGAAACUGCAAUCUGAAGUCAUCGGCGAGUUGGCUAGCCGCUUCGGAUCCCCGCGAGAAGUCACGUCCCCUGCUCAAAUUGACCAGUACACCCACGUCAUCAUGAGCUGGAUGCAGAGAUUUCCACAGGUCUACAGCCUUCAUAACCCCGACACAUCCAUCGAUCUCAAACACAACUGGGUAACGUUGCAUCGCCACUACUUGCACACGAUGGCAUAUUCCAUGUUGUUAGAUCCUCUCCGCGCAUACAUGGCAAGACGGAUGACAGCACAGUCGCUCCGCGACGACUUGAGGAUACGCGAUGAGGGCAUCGCCUACACGCUGAAACUCAUGUCACACCUUUCCCACUUCUUCGAGUUCCUGUAUCCCAGGGAUGCUAAAUUCCAUUGGGCUCUGUUUUCCAUCUUCGACACAGCCGCCGUUCUCUGCUCAGUCAUUCUGCACGAUGAAGACCGCUGCAUUUUGAACCGACAGGAAAUCCUCAUGGCCAUUGAAUCGGCCAGAUCCAUGCUCGAGCGGUUGGCAGCCGAAACACGCACUGCAAAAACAUCAUACGAGAUAUUGUCUAGAUUGGCGAAACGUAUCGAAAACCCAUUUUUGCCUCCGAAAAUGGCCGACAACCACCACAAGCGGACCAGGCUGGUCGAUGAUUCGCUCACACCACCUUUUAUGCAACACGCCGAUGUUUCCGUCGGCUCAAGCGACGUGGACGACUUUGAUACCUACUCGGCGUCGCCUGUCGGCAGUGGUGGCGUGGCUCAGAGUAUAAGCAGCACUUCACCUGCCUACGGCUCCGGCUACGUAGACGUGUCGGCGAGCUACCAAAUGCCCAGUAACAUGGCGCCAGUUCACAAUCGAUACGACGUAACAUAUACCAUGCCACCGACUUCGCAGGCACUUGCCGACGCCGCCUUGAUGCCCGCGCCGCCCAAUCCAUACAUGCCGCCGACUCCGCGCGAAUCGUACGCGCAGCUCUCACUUGACGGGUUUUCGGAAGAGCAGUUGGGUGAUUUGGCGACUCUUUGGAACUACCAAAGUCUGGAUCUCAAUUUUGUGCCCAGCCAAAAUGUCUAA